AUGAACUCGCUCCGGAAGCGCGCUCGCGUCAACUACGCCGGGCUAGCUGGCGAGGGCGAGGCAAACGAUGGCGAGGCGACGAUAGAAGCACCACGCAAAAAGAGCUCGCUCGAGGGCGUGUACAAAGGCAUCGAUGCGUCGGGCGUGUCGCUCAAUGCCGACCGCCGGAAAUGGGCUGUUUACCAGCCCAAGCCCGACGCGCUGGGCCGGCGCUUUUUGAUCCCUACUAUGCAAAACGAAAAAGGCGAUAUCAUUGAUGCGCGUAUGACAUAUGCUGCGCUGGGCGUGCGCCGUGCCGUCGAGGUUCCUCCUCGCCCACUGCACGAUCCUAUGGGCGAGCACUCGAUUGUUCUGUUUGACCCCACAAUUGACGACAGGGACUUUGAGCGCGAGAAAGAGAAGUUGCAUCAGGAACAGGCGGAGCACGAGGCCAAGGUUAUAGCUUCUGGGCCGCACAAGAGUCUGGCGGCGAUGCUUGGUCUCGACAAGCCCAAAGUGCAGAUCCAAGAAAAGGUGCCGGUCGUGAUUGAUCCCCGCCUGGGCAAGAUUUUGCGUCCCCACCAAGUGGAAGGUGUCAAGUUUUUGUACAAAUGCACCACGGGUAUGAUCCAGGAGAACGCGCACGGCUGCAUCAUGGCCGACGAAAUGGGUCUGGGCAAAACGCUGCAGUGCAUUGCGCUGAUGUGGACGCUCUUGCGACAGUCGCCCAUUGCGGGCAAAAGCACCAUCCAAAAGUGCAUUAUCGUGUGCCCUUCGAGUCUAGUGCGCAACUGGGCGAACGAGCUAGUAAAAUGGCUUGGAACAUCGGCGCCUGGCGCGCUUGCGCUCGACGGCAAGCUCAGCCGCGAGCAGAUGUUUGAGACGGUGCAGCGCUGGUGCGAGUGCACUGGCCGUGCGAUUACGCACCCCGUCAUGAUCGUUUCGUACGAGACGCUGCGUAAUCUGCAAGAGCUCCUGGGCAACACGGAAGUCGGCCUUUUGCUGUGUGACGAAGGCCAUCGUCUCAAGAACGCAGACUCGCUCACGUUUCAGACGCUCGAUAUGAUUAAGGUCAAGCGCCGCGUGAUCCUGUCGGGUACGCCGAUCCAGAACGAUCUGUCCGAGUACUUUUCACUGAUCAACUUUGCCAUUCCCGACGUGCUUGGCAGCCGCACCGAGUUCCGCAAGCAGUUUGAGCUGGAUAUUCUGCGUGGCCGCGACGCGGAGGCUACCGAGAAGCAGCAGCAGGUCGGCCGCGAAAAGCUGCAGCAGCUGUCGGGACUUGUUAGCCAGUUCAUUAUCCGGCGCACGAACGAUAUCCUGUCCAAGUACCUCCCAGUGAAGCACGAGCAUGUGGUCUUUUGUAAUCUUUCGCCUUUCCAGCUCUCGCUGUAUGACCUCUUUGUCAAGUCGCCGUCGAUCAAAAAGCUCCUGCGCGGUGUCGGCUCGCAGCCGCUCAAGGCGAUUGGCAUCCUCAAGAAGUUGUGCAACCACCCAGACCUGCUCAAUCUUCCGGAAGACCUCGACGGGAGCGAGGACCUCUUCCCGGAAGGCUACAAGCCGCGCGACCGCCGCCACGUUCCGGUGGAGCUUUCGGGAAAGAUGGCCGUUCUCGAGCGCUUCCUCACGUCGAUUCGCACGACGACGGACGACAAGAUUGUACUCAUCAGCAACUAUACCCAAACGCUCGAUAUCUUUGAGCGCCUGUGCCGCUCGAAGCGCUGGGGCUGCUUCCGCCUUGACGGCACGAUGAACAUAAACAAGCGCCAGCGCCUUGUCGACCGCUUCAACGACCCCGAGUCGCCCGAGUUUGUGUUCCUUCUCAGCUCCAAGGCCGGCGGCUGCGGCUUGAACUUGAUCGGUGCAAACCGACUUGUGCUCUUUGACCCGGACUGGAACCCUGCGUCCGACCAGCAAGCGCUCGCGCGUGUGUGGCGUGACGGGCAGAAGAAGUCGUGCUUUGUCUAUCGCUUUAUUGCCACCGGCUCGAUCGAGGAAAAGAUACUGCAGCGGCAGUCGCACAAGCAGUCGCUCUCGUCGUGUGUCGUCGACGACGCAUUGGACGCAGAGCGCCACUUUUCCGGCGAGGAUCUCCGUGCGCUCUUCCAGUUCAAGGAUAAUACGAUCUGCGAUACGCACGACACCUACAAGUGCAAGCGGUGCCGCGACGGAAAGCAGAUGGCGCCUUCGUCGGCAAUGCUCUACGGUGACACGAGCACGUGGAACCACUACGCGCACAGCCAUCUCGGCGAGCUACACGACGAUCUACUACGUGCAGAGAUCAUGCACAGCGACGUUUCUGCCGCGGAGCUGCCGAUUGAGGCGUUUCUCAAGACCCAGCCGCGGUCUGUGCUGAAUAGGCUGUAUGAGAAGCCGGCAAGCUGCUUGGCAGUGUUUCGUUUGCUCCCCAUGGUGGCCAGGCAGAUUAUUAUGAACAUGCUUUUUCUCGAUGGCCCCCUGUCGAUUGAGGACUCGCUCAAGUUCUUUAAGCAUGAUACCUCGAAAGAGCACGAUGCUCCGCUGCGCCGCAUGGAAGGGCUGUCCAUCGUCAAGAUUCGUGACGAAAAGCUGCACAUGAACGACAUCUUCCGUAAAGGCAUUGUCGGCGCGCUCAACGGAAGUGGCGACUUUCACUCGUUCGGCACUCCCUGCACCAAGAACCAGAGCGAAAAGGUCAGCGUCGAGUUCCUCGACCAAUACGCGCGAACGCAGUGGGAGACGAUCCUCUACUUUAUGGUCGGCAGCGAGCAGUCGGCGACGCCGCGCAACACAGUGCUCUUUCUCUUGCAGCGCGCAGGCCUCAUGCAGCGCGAUGUGGCCAACUCCAAGCACCUCAACAUUACUUCGGCUGGCUUCCAGUUUCUACUGCAGGAUGUCAAUUCCCAGCUGUGGGCGCUGUUGUUGCAGUACCUGCGCAUGGCUGAGGAGAGGAAUAUGGACCUUGUCGAAGUGCUUGCCUUUUUCUUCACAGUCGGCGGUCUGGAGCUUGGUCGCGCGUACGAAACGCGUGGCCUCUCGUUGACGCAGAUGCAGACGCUCGAAGAGCUGAGCGACUAUGGGCUGGUGUACCGUACGAGCAAAAACGCGGGCUUUUAUUUCCCGACGCGACUUGCAGCAACCUUGACGUCCACCGCGUCCUCCCUGCUCUCCACGCUCGACGAGCAAGAAGAGCAGGGCUACCUGAUCCUCGAGACAAACUACCGUGUCUAUGCCUAUACCUCGAAUCUCUUGCGCAUUGCCAUUCUCAACCUGUUUGUCACGCUCAAGAGUCGUCUGCCUAACCUUGUCGUCGGCCAGCUUACGCGCGAGAGCGUCAAGUCAGCGUUGAACAAGGGAAUCACGGCGAAUCAGGUCAUUACCUACUUGACUCACCAUGCCCACCCCCAAAUGUACAAAAAUGACCCCCUGCUCCCUGCCACCGUCUCAGACCAGGUCCGGCUAUGGGAGCGCGAAAAGAACCGUGUUGCGACGUGUGUCGGCAACCUGUACACCGAGUUCACCUCCAUCCACGACUAUGAGCAGGUGCGCGACUAUGCCCAAAGUCUGGGUGUGUUGCAAUGGGAGAGUGAGACGAAGCGGAUGUUAUUUGUCACUGCGGAAGGACACGAAAGUGUACGCGAAUUUAUCCAGCGACGCCGUGUGUAA